CUAAAUACAUUUUAACCACGGAAAAUUGACUAGAAAUUGCCAGCUAGCAAACAUCACCAGACAACGGCCAUAAAGGAAACUUCACACACGACAGAAACAGAAAAAAGGGUGUUUUGCGCCUCUGCCCCCCAAAAAUUAAAGUAUUCCAAGCAAACUCAGUAGGCCAGACCUUAAAUGCUCUAACCAAAAGACAGCGCGAUCCCGACGAACGACAAAGAACGAGGACGACUGAACCAAAGCAACCACGGUGUGGUCAUUUCUGUACCGGUGUGCCGCUGCAGCUCCUGGUGCCGGCAUGGGUGCCAAUGUGUCGCAGCUGGAGCGGGAGAUUGGCUCCGAUCUGUUCCCGCCGAAUGAGCACUACUUCGGGCUGGUGAACUUUGGGAACACCUGCUACAGCAACUCGGUGCUGCAGGCCCUCUACUUUUGCAAGCCAUUUCGCGAGAAGGUCCUCGAGUACAAGGCCAAGAACAAGAGGCCCAAGGAGACGCUGCUGUCGUGUCUGGCGGAUCUGUUCUACAGCAUUGCCACGCAGAAGAAGAAGGUGGGCUCGAUUGCGCCCAAGAAGUUCAUCACUAGGUUGCGGAAGGAGAAGGAGGAGUUCGAUAACUAUAUGCAGCAGGAUGCCCACGAGUUCCUCAACUUUCUGAUCAAUCACAUCAAUGAGAUCAUCCUGGCCGAGCGGAAUGCCGGGCCCAGCAAUGGGAAUCCAAAGGCCACCAAUCAAGGCGGAAGCACAAGUGCCAUGGCCAGCAGCAUAGCUAGCAAGUCCAGCUCAACGUCCAACUCGAAUUCGAACUCCAAUUCGACCACAAACUCAAAUGGCAACAGUAGCAAUUCGACGGGAUCACUAAAUGCCAACACAAGUGUGCUGGAUGCCAGUGGCAGUCUUACGGCCACCACAACGCCUAUAAUCUCUGGGAACGGAACGGGAACAAAUGGGGCCAACUCGGAGCCCACCUGGGUGCACGAGAUCUUUCAGGGCAUACUCACGUCGGAGACCAGGUGCCUCAACUGCGAGACGGUGAGCAGCAAGGACGAGAAUUUCUUCGAUCUCCAGGUGGACGUGGACCAGAACACCUCGAUUACGCACUGCCUGCGGUGCUUCAGCAACACGGAGACCCUGUGCUCGGACAACAAGUUCAAGUGCGACAAUUGCUGCAGUUAUCAGGAGGCGCAGAAGAGGAUGCGUGUGAAGAAGUUGCCCAUGAUCCUGGCCCUGCAUCUCAAGCGCUUCAAGUACAUGGAGCAGUUUAAUAGGCACAUCAAGGUCUCGCAUCGCGUUGUGUUCCCACUGGAACUGAGGCUCUUCAACACCUCCGAUGAUGCAGUGAAUCCUGAUCGUCUCUACGAUCUGACCGCUGUGGUUAUCCACUGCGGUUCCGGACCAAAUCGUGGCCAUUAUAUAUCCAUUGUGAAGAGUCACGGACUGUGGCUACUAUUCGACGAUGAUAUGGUGGACAAAAUCGAGGCUUCCACCAUCGAGGAUUUCUACGGUCUGACCUCGGACAUACACAAGUCCUCGGAGACGGGCUACAUACUGUUCUAUCAGUCGCGGGACUGCGCCUAAUCCUACUACGCUAUUGCCCAUUAGAAGUUAAGCCGAAAGUUUUCAAUCUCCUGUGCAAGAAUGCCCCAAAAAUUGUAUGUCUUUUACUAUCUAACCAAGCAUAAUACCAAGCAGCUAUCAAUAAAGAUGAUCAUCAAUAAAGCAA